UAAAGUUAAUCUUCAUCGCUUUUUUCUCCAAUAUUUUCUUUGUUUAUUUUCUUGGUGUUUUUUCAAUUGUUGCUGAUCUAAGAAGUUCAAAUUUUUCUGUGUUUCUCUUCUAGUCAUCAAAAUGAAACUUAGUGACUUAAAGACGCUAAAACCGUUCUUCAAUAAAACAGUCGAUGAAUGGAUUGAAGCUUACCGCAACAAUAGAGAGACAGCAACUCUUGAAUUGUUGCAAUUUUUCGUGGCCUGUUCAGGAUGCAAAGGUAAAAUCACUCUUAAGAUGAGGAGAUCCAUGGAUAAUGCUAAAAUAGUCACAGAUUUAACGGACCAGUUUGAUGAUUCGGCUGGUGGUGCUUAUCCACUUGUUAUGAGUGGACCUCAGUGGAAAAAGUUUAAAGUCCACUUCUGUGAUUUCAUCGGUAAUCUCAUGCGUCAAUGUCAAUACAGUAUCAUUUAUGAUGAAUAUCUCAUGGAGAGCAUUAUUUCAUUUUUGAUUACUCUUUCUGAUUCGCAAGUCCGAGCUUUCCGACACACUGCUACAUGUGCUGCUUUGAAACUAAUGACAGCUUUGGUUGAUAUAGCUCUAACUUUGAGUGUCAGCAUUGAUAAUACUCAACGUCAGCUUGAUAAAGUGCGACAGGAAAAGGUAAGAGGAGAAAGACUUGACAAUCUUGUUGCUAAGCGCCAAGAGCUCGACGGGAAUAUGGAAGACAUCAAAACGAUGCUCGGUUACUUGUUCAAAUCAAUAUAUGUUCACAGAUAUCGAGACAUAGUUCCAGAAAUAAGAGGAUUAUGUGUAACCGAAAUCGGUAUUUGGAUGGCGAAGUUUCCAAACCAUUUUCUCGAUGAUUCUUAUCUCAAAUAUGUUGGUUGGACUUUAUUUGACAAAGUUGGCUAUGUUCGACUCAAAAGUUUGCAAUCUUUGGUGCCUUUAUAUGAAACAGAAGAAAUCGCUGAUGAGAUGGAGUUAUUCACUCAUAAAUUCAAAGAGCGAAUCAUUGCUAUGACAUCAGAUAAAGAGCCAGAGGUUGCUGCUCAAGCUAUCAAAUUGAUCAUCAGUAUUUUCAAACAAAAUAACGAUGUUCUGACAGAUAAGGAUUGUAUCCAUGUCUAUGAAUUGGUCUACGCAACUAAUCGUGGUGUAGCUCAAGCUGCUGGAGAAUUCCUGAACGAAAAAUUGUUCAAAAUUGAUGAAAAUGCUACUGAUGAAUUAUAUUCUCGCAGAGGUAAAAAACGAUCAGUUCAUACUCCAUUAAUUCGCGAUUUAAUAACAUUUUUCAUCGAGAGUGAGAUCCAUGAACAUGGUGCAUACUUGGUUGAUAGCUUAAUUGAAAGUCACCCAAUGAUGAAAGAUUGGGAAUGUAUGACCGAUUUACUGCUAGAGGAACCUGGUGCCGAUGAGGAAGCCCUAGAUGAUCGUCAUGAAACGGUUUUAAUAGAGAUUAUGGUUUGCGCAAUAAAACAAUCUGCUACUGGAGAGUGUCCAGUCGGUCGAAUUCCUAGUCGUAAGCAACUAUCCAAUAAAGAAUCAAAGCAACUCUUUGAGACUAAGAGUAGCAUUACAAAACAUUUCAUUGUCACUCUUCCUCUACUUUUGGACAAAUACAAGACAGAUACGGAGAAAAUUGCCAAUUUAAUGACUAUCCCUCAAUACUUUGAUCUAAGUCACUAUGCACAAGAUUUUGAGCAACUUGAGUCCUUACUCAAAUUGAUAAAUGAGUUAAUAGAUAUUCAUUCUGAUUCAGAAGUCUUAGAGACUUGUGCGAAAGCCUAUGAAUAUCUUUAUGACGACGAUUUCGCUUUCAAAAGAGAUGUAUGGGUCUCUAAAAGUUUAUUGUUGGAUAACCUGGUAUUACAAAAAUACAAGAAAGCUGUUCGCUCUUUUACGGCAUAUCCUGAUGGUCGUGAUGAAAGAGAAGACGUCGUAAUUAAUCUUAAAAAGCUGGCUGCUUUAAUUUCAUGUCUCGAUUUGAACCUUUAUGAGAUUUGGAAAAUUGUAUUUGAAAAUUUUAUACGUGGAAUUGGCUCUGAAAAUGCUGAUAAUGUUCCAGAAGACGCCAUAAAGUACUCUAUUAAUAUUUGUUAUUAUUCAUUGAUCUGGAGUCUUCACGACUCUAAAUCGAAUUCUGAAGUUGGUAGCGAGGAAAAUUAUAGUGAGGUUCGUAAUCGUCUCGCUGAUUUUGUUGCGGAACUUCGGAUUCUAUUAUCUUAUCCAUCUGAGGAAAUUGCUAGAGAAGCUUACUUUACUCUUUGUGAUCUGCUCAUAAUUUUUGGCCCUCACUUAAAAACGGACGAACCUUCAUUGCCAUCUCUUGUUUUUCGUCCUACACAGUCGUUGAUUGAUAAAAUGAUAGAUUUCUUGAACGAUAAUGUGUUUAAAGAAGACAACCAGGAUGAAAGUGACACUACUUUAGUCAACUCAGCUGUCAGAGAUCUGUAUAUUAAAAGACAAGUCUUGGCUGGUUUUUGCAAACUGAUCAUUUAUGGAAUAAUUCCAAUCAAUUAUGUUAUUUGCAUAGUCCGUCAUUACGUCACAUUUUUCAACAACUUUGGAGAUAUCUUCAAAUUGACUGUAAUCAAAUUAAGAGAAAAGGACAAAAUUCUUUGCGGCAGAACCAUGGCUAGUGCUCUCAUUCAAAUACACAAAGAACUACUAAGCGAAGCUGAAGCAAAUUCAGAGACACUAAAUAAAGAUGAUGAAAACUUUUUAUCACUGAAAGAAUUGGCUAAAAGAUUAGCUACAGUGUGUAAAUAUUCAUUUAAUUUAGAUUUUCUAUCAACUUAAAUCUUUGUUUAUUUUCAAUCUCAUUCAUCCUCCAUUUUCCAUCAAGAAAUUCCCAGCUUCUUUGAAGAUUUCUGUAUUUAAUCAAAUUUUAUAAUCUCAAUGCUGUGAAUUUAGUCAAUUACGAUUCAUUUAAUCAGUAUAAUGUAAAAUUUUCCCCGAAAGUAACGAGAAAAUCUUGUAACAUUUCGUUCUUUGUUAUAGCUUUUCAUAUCUACAACAGAUGGCGUUGUAAAGAUAAAAAUUAAACUGUUAAAAAUUAUUCAAAA